AUGGCUCACCUCGACGAAAUCAAAUCCAAAGAUUCGUUUGUUGUGUUGCAUGCGUAUCUUGUCUUUGUUUAUGUCUCUAUCUUGGAUUCAACAGAAGAAAUGUUUGAUCUGUUAGAUGAUGAGCAAAAGUAUGUUGCCUUCUGGAAAAGAAUUGCAAGGUACUUCAAUGCUAGUCCGAAGCUAGCCGGGUGUGAAAAAAGAGAGGCUACUCACUGUAAGCAAAGGUGGCACAAGAUGAAUGACUUAUUGUGUAAGUUUUGUGGUGCUUAUGAGGCAGCAACAGGAGAGAAGAGUAGUGGGCAAAAUGAGAAUGAUGGUCUCAAACUUGCCCACGAAAUCUUCUUCAAUAACCACAAAAAGAAGUUCACCCUUGAACAUGCUUGGAAGGAGCUUAGAAAUGAUCAGAAGUGGUGUGAUCUCUCUACAGCUAGACAUGAUGGAAGCUCCAAAAAGAGGAAGUGUGAGGAAGGUUCACAGUCUGCAAGCUCUAAAGGAAAUGAAACUGACAGUGCUCUAGAUGAUGAAGGCACCACUCGCCCUCCGGGUGUUAAGGCUGCAAAAGGCCGUGGUAAAAAGCCCGUGGAGCUGUCUGAUUUUAAGACUGUGUGGAGCAUUAAAAAGCAAGACUUGGAUAUGAAGGAGAGGCUGUCGAAGAUUAAGCUCCUUGACAGUCUCAUUGGAAAACAAGGACCCUUAGCAGAUUAUGAAGAAGCUCUGAAGAAGAAGCUCGUUGAUGAGCUGAUGUCUAUUUAG